AUGAACUUGGUAUUCGAGACAGAUGUCAAGCUCUGGCGCACCCACCAAAUUGGGGAUAGGUUUGGGGAGGAGAUCGAGCGCCUCGAGGAGAGUGCUAAGAAAGAUGUUGGAGGUGCCAGUCACAAGGUUGUCGGUUUGACCGCAUUGAGCGCAAUACUCGUCGAGGCUUUCAAUGGGGACACUUUUCUCGGCCCAAUUUUCACGGCGCCUGUGAACCUCUCCAGGAGUCCUUCUCUAUCUUCCUCUUUGGGCCAGAUGACCCAAGAUAUCACGACAGCUUUGGAUGUAGCAUUCGGGAAGGAGACUCGAGAUUCCGUCGCUAUCUGCGGGUUUUCUAUUCAUGACUCUGGAGAGUCUCCUUUGUUCGAUUACUAUCACACAGCCAAUGGUCUGUCACCGAAUGGAACAAACAGCGUUGGUCCGGACACUGUCUUCAGAAUUGGUAGCAUCUCAAAGCUUUUUACAGUGUAUCAACUGCUUCUCCAUGGAGGCCACGACCUUCUGAAUGAACCCAUCUCGAGAUAUCUGGAUGACCUACCCGCUGAUAACGGUUAUAACACCAGCCCGACUGUGAAAUGGGAUGAAAUAGAGGUUGGAGCUCUUGCUGGUCAAAUGGGAGGAAUUCUACGUGACUAUUUUCUCCAAGGUCUCGAUCAGCAGCCUCCAGUUUUCCCGGCUUGGGAAACACCAGCCUAUUCAAAUGCCGCUUUCAGGAUCCUCGGAUACGUCGCGGCUAAUGUCACGAACAUUACGAUGGUUGACGCCUUUGGGGCUGCAAUAUUUCGUCCACUCGGUUUAGAACAUACCUAUGCUUCCAAACCGCCAGACUUUAGCGGCGUUAUACCCGCUACGGGAGAAAGUCUUUGGGAUUUCGAACUUGGGGAUGAUAUGCCCGGCCAUGUGGUUGACUAUUACACAAAAGGGGGCAGCAUCGGAUCGUACGAAAGCUUGCUAGUUCUUAUACCAGAUUACGGUGUUACUUUCUCCGUACUAACAGCGGGCAAAGAUAAUUGCCUAGUUUCGAAGCUAGCAGAUGUUAUCGAAGAUACAGCUUUGAAAGGUGUCGCUACUGCCGCAAGAGAGCAGUCAGCCCAACAAUUUGCUGGCCGAUACGAAGGCUCCAAUCAACCCGGUGAUCUUCUGGUUAUUGCGGUUGAUGAAAUGCCAGGUUUGGUGAUUCGGGAGUGGAAAAGCAAUUCCAUCGACUUCUUACAAGUGGCUCAGGACUAUGCCACAAGCACCGGAGGUGGGCUCUUGCAAUCAGUCCGUCUCUAUCCGACGGGCAUUUCCAAUCGUGAUCAAGUCAUUUUUCGCGCAGCCUACAACACCACUACUUCAGGAAUAAGUCAGUCAGGAUUGUUUGAUCACGGUUACCAGGCUUGA